AUGACGACGGUGCUGGAGCAAAUCCCUGGCUCCAGGCCACCCUGGACAGCGGGUAUGAUGCGUGCGGCAAAUUAUCUCGCUCCAGCAGCUCGCCAUGCCUGGCUCAAUACACAGUUCUCCCCGCCAGUAGGUCUGCAACUGACGCAUGCGAUGCUCUGUCCGGUAGUGAACCAACUUAUCACCCACCGGGAUGUACUGCUCAGGACCUGCCCACAACUACGGGCACUUACUCUUACACCGAUGGACUGGCGGUCAACUGCCGCGACUGAGGGUCUGAUCCACCUUUAUACAGGUGCCUUUGACUGUCGAGGUGCUUUGCAGAAAAUUGAAGGUUGGGUGGGCGACGCUUGGCGACCAGGAUUCCCCCCACCACUUCUUGGGACAUUGAUAAAAUCUGUUCCUGCGCUGCCUGUGCAAGAUGUGCUGACCGGGGCAGUGUGUGAUCAUUGA